CUGCAGCUGCAGGGAGAAUAACACACAGAGACCAGGACUACAGGACUCACAGAUAAAGUGGUACUACAAAGAGGACUGCAGCCUGCACACAAACAUGUCUGUGGAAACUUCAUUCUCUCUUCUGCUGCUCCUCAUCUCACUGACAGCGGCUCAGGACUGUUCUCAGCCCUGUUCCUGCCCCUCAGCCCCCCCUCCCUGCCCAGUUGGGACCAGCCUGGUGCUGGACGGCUGCGGCUGCUGCAAAGUGUGCGCCAGGCAGGUGGGGGAGCCAUGCUCUCUGCUGGAGCCCUGUGACCACCACAAAGAGCUGUACUGUGACUACAGCCUGCUGAGCGACACCGAGACCGGAGUCUGCAUGGCUCAGGAGGGUCAGACGUGUGACCUCGGGGGCGUGAUUUACCGCAGUGGGGAGUCUUUCCAGCCCAGCUGUAAACACCACUGUGUGUGUAUGAACGGAGAGAUCGGCUGUGUUCCCAUGUGCGCCAGUGACGUCCGACUUCCCACUCCUGACUGCCCGUACCCUCGACGCAUCACCAUCCCUGGGAAGUGCUGCGAGGAGUGGGUUUGUGAGGAGACCCCCCUGGACCAACACUAUGAGUCUGUGAUGGCUGGAGCGUCUCAGAUUCACCCAUUGCCCUCCUCAGACCCGACCUCGGGCCUCCUCAGACAUGUGUCCCCACAUGGACCGCCUGCAGAGAGCCCCAGAGAUAACUGCAUCGUUCAGACCACGAAGUGGAGUGAGUGCUCAGCCUCCUGCGGCAUGGGGGUCUCCUCCCGCAUCACCAACGACAACCAGCACUGCCAGCUGGAGAGACAGACCAGGAUCUGCAUCAUCCGACCCUGCAACAGCCAGCAGGAGAGAGAGAUCAAGAGGGGGAGGAAGUGUGUCCGGACACCGAAGGCCCAGCGGUUUAUGCGCUUUGAGCUGUCCGGCUGCUCCAGUGUCAGGCUUUACCGACCAAAGUUCUGCGGCGUCUGCACUGACAACCGCUGCUGCACGCCCCAUCGCACCGUCACAGCACACGUGGAGUUCCAGUGUCCAGAGGGAGACGUCUUCAUCAAGAAGAUGAUGUUCAUCAAGACCUGCUCCUGUCACCAUGACUGUCCACAAGACAACGACAUCUUCCUGGCGUCCAACACCCGGAGGAUGAUCGGAGACUACGAUAAUGACAUGUGAUGAUGCACACAUUCACAAACUGAACAGAUUGCACUUAAACUCUUCAUACAGUUACAGGCUUUACGUAACCAUCUCAGCCUUAAUGGGUCAGUAAUUUAUUACGCCUUCACAAUGAGACAACGCUCUCUUGACUGAGUUUGGUUUGUUCAGAGGAUGUUGAAAAGACGAUCACUUGUAAAGCCACAGUUGACUGAGGUCUGUCUGCAAAUCAUCAGCUGAAGUGGACUCACCUGAAAGAGAGACUUAAAAAAGAUCGGACAUUACACAUUUAGUCCGAUCCACAGAACCAGAAUAUAGAACACAGUAUGUUGGCAGCUGUCCACAUCCUCUGCUCACAGCUUACUCAGCAACAUUUACUGAUGAAGGAGAGCGACAAUAUAUACUUUUUAUUUGAUGUAAUAAUGUAGCUUCAGCUUUCACUCCUAUUGGUCUGCCUGUAUGGAUUCAUGUAUAGUUUGGUGGACAACCACACUGACGAAGAAAUGUAAGGAUGCAUAUCAGAUUUUAUUUUUCUAAAAAGAUUUAAAAACAUCCUGGAGCACUCUGCGGUCCAGAGUUUGACGUUAAUCUGUCAGUAUCAAAGAAAAGCCGCAGAAAGAACUCGGUUAUUUUGAACGCACACAUCAGUUCUCACCGAUCAAAGAAUAUAGUCUGGUAGAAAGUUGACAAGGCCGGAGUUUCAGGUACACAAAUAUUUAUACGAUCAAUGAAAGAGAAGAGUAAAUCAUUUUGAUUUAAUCUGUCAUCGUGAACAGAGGAAAUGCUUUAAAAGCCUCCUGUUUUAGGUUUGACGUUUUGUAAUCGACAAAUGACAGGGGUGAACAAAUUUGGACCUUUACAGUAAAGAAAUUAUGCUACGUUUUUGUAGAAAUGAUGGACUUUAGACAUCUUUAGACAUUUACAUUAUUGUCCAAUAUAUUACUGUCUUUAAAAAUUAAAAGAAAGACCUAAUUAGCACUGCUGGGAUGGUCAAUAUCAAGAUACUUUGAGUGUGACACACAUAUAUUGUGGUUUAAAACAAAGUGGCUGCAAGAGCAUCACAGCACAGAAGCCUGAAGCAUUGACACGAGGAGAACCAGCUGAAGAUUCAGACAUGAUAACAGAAAUGACAGAAAUGUGCUCCAAAAAAAAGGGACUGUAACAAGCCAAAACAAUGCAUCAACAGGCAAUGCUGCAAGUAUUCAAAAGUGUGGUUCAGCAGAACAUUAUAUUUGACCUCUUGGCCACAACCCCACCAGUCUUCACAGAUUUAUCUGACAUGCAGACAUUUGAGGAGUGAUGAGAUAACAUUACGAACCCCCUGUAGUCAGAGCCUGCAGUUGGAUGUUGGGAGGUGAUGGGACUGAAAGUAUGAGUGCAGUGUGGGUGCAGGGCAGCAGGGGUGAUGACAGAGCAGAGAGAGGGACCGGAGAUCUGUCAGAUUAAAUAGACCAGCAGAUGAAGAGGAUACAUUUGUCAGGUGAGUGUGAGAAUGAUGCAGCUGUGAUAUCAGAACAGCUCGCUUCAUUAUCAAAGCAAAGUCAAAGUCGUGGACCGUGUCUCCUCCACGGGCCAUUUAGGAGCCCGGCGGUCCAAAGAUCUCAUGCUAGCUCAAGUUACCACCAACCCUGUUCUCUGUUAAUAUAACAAAGUCAUGUUUUUGUACUGUAGGGAGUGAGACCGUGUCCUUCGAUAAAACUCUUCUCUCACAGCACCUUUUGUUGUGUGGACUCGUCUGCUUCAGUCUCUCCGUCCAUAAUAAAACUGUUCCACUGAGCGCCCAUGGCAUGGAGCACUUCUGUAUUUUGCAGCCUUGUUCUGUUGCACAUGUUUUUGACUCUUUUUGCAGCACAUUGUUUCACUUGCAGCACGUUUGACCAUCUGCCAUCAGUAAAAGGAGAACAAAAUAACAGAACUCCAGAGUCUGUUAAAAUUCUAGUCUGUUUUAAUGUUUUGGAUUCAACCUUUUUUAUGAGGUGAAGAUAAUGUCAUUGCUUGUUGAAUUUUAUGUAGCUACCCAUAACUUCGAGAAAGUUAAUGUCACCACGUAUAGAAGACAAAGUAAAGUGAAAUCUCUUCUUGAAUGUUAAAAAGGGGAAAACAUUCUGAAACCAAAGACGUUAAAUUGAAACUUUUCCCCUUUAGUUUUGACUUUCUCAAAGAGGAAACAAGACAAACAUGCUCAGAGUUCAUUUGAGUUUGACUUUUAUGUCAGUCUUUUAUAGACAUGACUGCUGUUCAGUCUGUUUCAGUGUGUUUCAUCAUUUAAAGACUCCUAGAUUAGUUUGACAGAUUGGUCUUUAGAUCAGUGCAGAAAAGAGAAAUCCUGAAGCAUGGCAGAGGAAGAGCUGUCACUGUUUUCUUUACUUUCUAUUUAAAAAGCCCUUUGGUUGAUGUAGCUCCUGUAAAUACUGUAAGACUGUGUACAGUUUUGUACUAUAAUUUAUCUAACACAGUGUUGUACUUCUCUGACUCUAUAAUACUGUUUUCACUGUAUCCACCUGACUGAGACACAUCCUCUGUUGCACUUUUCCCUCCCGUAAAUAAAGUUUAUUUUUA